CCUGAGGGACGCGCGGCCGCCUGCGGGGCCAGCGGUGCAACCGGGGAGAAGCCGGAGGCCGCCGGGGAGAUAUUUUAACAAGGAAGAAAUCACUCUCCUCCUAAGAUGGAAUCUGUGAUUUGGGAAUGUGGUUGAUCAACUUGAUAUGCUGGCCAGAUGUGCCUAUGUAAUAAAAUGAAAAGAAGAUACAAGAUGAUGUCAUUUUCCAAUAUUGUGAAACCAAAAACAAAUGCCUUUUGUGAGACCAGAUUAACAAACCUCUGACAGUACAAGGAGUUUUUAACUGUUUGAAGAACCUAACAGAUACAGAGGGGUGCUUUCAAGCUGAGACCUGCAAGCGUACACUGGUCAAAAACACAUUUUGAGUGGAUCUGAUCAUCCAAGUCUCAUUCAGAUCCAGGAAGAAUGGCUAUGAGUUGGGUUGUCUUUUAUCUUUGGCUCUUGACUGUGUUUGUGGGACAUAUAGGUGGGCACAGUUUAUUUUCUUGUGAACCUAUUACCUUGAGGAUGUGCCAAGAUUUGCCUUAUAAUACUACCUUCAUGCCUAAUCUUCUGAACCAUUAUGACCAACAGACAGCAGCUUUAGCAAUGGAGCCAUUCCACCCUAUGGUGAAUCUGGACUGUUCUCGGGAUUUUCGGCCAUUUCUUUGUGCACUCUAUGCCCCUAUCUGUAUGGAAUAUGGACGCGUCACACUUCCCUGUCGUAGGCUCUGUCAGCGUGCCUAUAGUGAGUGUUCAAAGCUCAUGGAGAUGUUUGGUGUUCCUUGGCCUGAAGAUAUGGAAUGCAGUAGGUUUCCGGAUUGUGAUGAGCCAUAUCCCCGACUUGUGGAUUUGAAUUUAGUUGGAGAUCCAACUGAAGGUGCCCCAGUUGCAGUACAGAGGGAUUAUGGUUUUUGGUGUCCCCGAGAGUUGAAAAUUGAUCCUGAUCUUGGCUAUUCCUUUUUGCACGUGCGAGACUGUUCACCACCAUGUCCCAAUAUGUACUUCAGGAGAGAAGAGCUGUCAUUUGCUCGCUAUUUCAUAGGACUGAUUUCAAUCAUUUGCCUCUCUGCCACCUUGUUUACUUUUUUAACCUUUUUGAUUGAUGUCACGAGAUUCCGUUACCCUGAAAGACCUAUCAUAUUUUAUGCGGUCUGCUACAUGAUGGUGUCGUUAAUUUUCUUCAUUGGCUUUUUGCUUGAGGACCGAGUAGCCUGCAACGCAUCUAGCCCUGCACAGUAUAAGGCUUCCACAGUGACACAAGGCUCUCAUAAUAAAGCCUGUACCAUGCUUUUUAUGGUACUCUAUUUUUUCACUAUGGCUGGCAGUGUAUGGUGGGUAAUUCUUACCAUCACAUGGUUUUUAGCAGCUGUGCCAAAGUGGGGUAGUGAAGCUAUUGAGAAGAAAGCAUUGCUAUUUCAUGCCAGUGCCUGGGGCAUCCCUGGAACUCUAACUAUCAUCCUCUUAGCGAUGAAUAAAAUUGAAGGUGACAAUAUUAGUGGCGUGUGUUUUGUCGGCCUCUACGAUGUUGAUGCGUUAAGAUAUUUUGUUCUUGCUCCCCUCUGCCUCUAUGUGGUAGUUGGGGUUUCUCUCCUCUUAGCCGGCAUUAUAUCCCUAAACAGAGUUCGGAUUGAGAUCCCAUUAGAAAAGGAAAACCAAGAUAAGUUAGUGAAGUUCAUGAUCCGGAUUGGUGUUUUCAGCAUUCUUUACCUUGUACCACUCUUGGUUGUAAUUGGAUGUUACUUUUACGAGCAAGCUUACCGUGGCAUCUGGGAAACAACGUGGAUACAGGAACGCUGCAGAGAAUAUCAUAUUCCGUGUCCGUACCAGGUUACUCAGAUGAGUCGUCCGGACCUGAUUCUCUUUCUGAUGAAGUAUCUGAUGGCUCUCAUAGUCGGGAUUCCCUCUAUAUUUUGGGUUGGAAGCAAAAAGACCUGCUUUGAAUGGGCCAGUUUUUUCCAUGGUCGUAGGAAAAAAGAGAUAGUGAAUGAGAGCCGGCAGGUGCUCCAGGAACCCGACUUUGCCCAGUCGCUCCUGAGGGAUCCAAAUACUCCUAUUAUAAGGAAAUCAAGAGGAACUUCCACUCAAGGAACAUCCACACAUGCCUCUUCAACUCAGCUGGCCAUGGUGGAUGAUCAAAGAAGCAAAGCAGGGAGUGUGCACAGCAAAGUGAGCAGCUACCAUGGCAGCCUCCACAGGUCACGUGAUGGCAGGGCCUUGCACAUGGUACACUCCCUGCAGCUACCGAGGAGUGGAGGAGAGACUACCUCACGGCAGCAUGUCCCGCCUGACGGACCACUCCAGGCACAGCAGCUCUCAUCGGCUCAAUGAGCAGUCUCGACACAGCAGCACCCGAGACCUCAGUAACAACCCCAUGACUCACAUCACACACGGCACCAGCAUGAACCGUGUUAUCGAAGAGGAUGGGACCAGUGCUUAGUCUUGUCUACGGUGACAAUGUGUGCUAUUGGAAAGCAGGUUUUAGUCUUUGCCUUCGCAUGGCUGGCUGCUGUAACUCGCUGUCUUCCUGCUUUCCCUUAGGCAGAGUGUGCCCACUGAGAAGGUAGAGCUUUGCUUUUUGUAUCACACCAAACGUGGAGCGUAAACACAGCCGAAAGGUUAAGAGUCAUGUCAUCACAAAAAUAAUUCUUUCUAGGUUGUGAAGAGAUGAUUGUCUGGUAAGCAUUUUUAUAAACCCACUUAUUUUAUAUUUAGAAAAAUCCUAUAUGUGUGGUGACUGCUUUGUAGUGAACUUUCAUAUAAUAUGAACUAGUUGUGAAAUGACAUUCUGGUAGCUCUGUUAAUAAAACAAAGUUUCAGAAUUAAAGAAAAUUUCUAUGCAAGGCUUAUUUCUCAGAUGAAUACUAGGACUUUGUAGGUUUGUUUCCACUGGGUGAAUAAAAGGAACCGGUUUUUUUAAGCUGUAGAAGACUGUGAUAAGCCAGCAAGGGUAUUUAGCUAGUAGAUAAAAGUGCCAGAAGAGUCCAGUUGGCCUGUGGGAGGUUCUCUCAAAGUCUCUCACUCUUCCCCAGAGAUAUUCAGGAUGUGGAUUAGCACUGGAGUAAAGGCAGAGAUGAGCAUUACCCUGGAGUCGUAUUGUUUUUUCACUUUUGUAAAUAUUACUUUUAUGGGCUAUGUUUUUAUAAUAUCCAUAUGCAUGAUAGAAAAGUUUUAGUUUGUGACCAUCUUUUCCCAGGUAAUUGUAUUGAUUCAUAGACAACUUCAUGUUCAGACAUGUUCUGUGCAGGCAUGCAGUAAGAUAAGCAUCACACAUUAUAAGGGUUUUUAGUGGUAAAAUAUUACAAAAUGGCGAAAUAUUUUCUCUGUAUUUGUUGUUGUAUUUUUCUACAGUGAGAUGUGACCUUGCCAAAGCCAUCAGACAUUGGUAUCCAGGCCCUACUAUAGUGAGCUGAUUGUCUGCCCUCGAAUUCCCCAGUAGCCAGUUGGCUACCACUUUUGCCCCACAUCCCUAUUUUCAGUUUCUGAAUCACUGUUUGCAUCUGAAAUAUAUAAUCUAAGUCUAAAGUGGUGAUUAAUUUGGGUUCUUGAAAAUCAUUGUAGCUAAAUGGAGCAUGGUUAUUCUUUCUGUGAAUACCUUUUCAUCUUAAAACUAUCAAGUAAAAAACACUUGACAUUUUAUCUUAUAAAACUUAAAUGGUUUAGGAUAUGAACUGUGAAGUUUAUUGGGUAUGAAACUAAUCAGAAAGAAAAAUUCCAUAAAAUGCUAAUGUGUUAUUCAGAAACAGUGAUGCUCAGCCCUGAUUGCAGAUAAGACUCACUCUGGGAACUCUUGUUAGCCAGCAUCUUUCUCUCGGGUGAGAGAGAGUUUAUGCUUUAAAAACACAAAAGCUUUCCAAGUGAUUAUUAGCAGCCAGACUUGAAGCCCAUUCUCCCAAGCUCGCUGUCCCUUAAUGAUGGGCUGAUGGCGUCACAUCUGAUCAUGGGAAGAUCCAUCCAGACUCAGUGAUACACUUUCAUUGUUACCUAAUAUACAUACUGUUGUUUCUACUUUAUUAUCCAUUAUAAAAUGCAGAAUUCUCAGCUCUCAUCCUUGAAGAUUCUUACUGCAAGGGCAGUAGGAGUUCACAAGUUUGUGUAUCUAAAACACCACAGAAGAUUCUUAGCAGGGUAUCCAAGAAUCACACUCAGAAAAAAAAACAUAUUCUAGACUCUGGAGAGAGAGGCAUGGCUUUGCCAUAUGCUAGCUUUCAACUUUGAACAAGUCAGCCUCCUUGAGCCUAGCUCCCCUUGUUUGAAAAUGAAGACUGAAGAUGAAUAUCUACUCUACCUACCUCACUAAGUUGUCAGAUUAAGAUCAAAUGAAAACAACCAUAUGGAAGCUCUUUGAAACUGUGAAGCAUUGUGGAAUAUGAGAUUAAGGUUUUUGAGAACUUAGAGCUUAUUAGAGGUCUACUGUAGUACAUUUCUUGACACACGUUUAAUUCAUGUGUACGCUUCUUUCACCCUUUAAAAUUAAGAGUUCCCACCUGACAGAAGAGCCAGUUUUCUGGUCGUCAUGACUUAUUUGUGUCAUGCUGCUUCUUCAAAGUAUAUAUCAGUAGAGAUUACCCCUUCUUCAUAAGACACAUUUAAGCAUGUACCCCAAAUGGUUUCUCUUCCUCUGACCUGUCUUUCUCCUUGGAACUGGAGUUACCACUCAGAGAGGCCUGAAGUUCCUUAUAACGAUAGUCAGUAAACCUUUCCUUAAGCCUUACAAGGCACAGCUGAUAACUUGUCUAUAAAUAAGCCAGUAACUCAGGAAGCUUCUGCUUGAGAAGCUCCAUAGAACAGCAUGGGCAAACCACAACAAACAUCCACAAAUAAAAACAGGAAGUAAAGACAGAAAUACCAGUUUGAGCUCAAAGAUGUCGUCGUCUGCCACCAUCUGCAUAAUACCAAUUGCCAAGUGCUAAUUGGGUGUCUUUUCCAGUGAGCCAAGUGUAGACAGUGACGUGAACAUUGCUAUAAAAGUCUUACCUUUGUGCUUCCAGUUAGUGUGUGUAUUUGCAUCUCCUCUAAGCUGGUGGUGAUGUGUAUGUGAAUGUUGUUGGCCUACAGUCAGCUUCAACAAGUACCAUUGUUCACUUGUUCUAUACAAUCUGCAUAGUAUUGUUAGUGUUGAAUAACACCGUUCAGUUUGGGUCAUGUUCUUUAUGUGCUCCAGGUUAGGAAUCUUUUUUUUUAAGAGACUGUUGAAGAACUAUAGCAGAACAGUGAUUUCAAAUCUUUACCUGCUUAAAUUGACUUGAACAAGUCUGGACAGUUUUUACCAUAUGGGUAACUUUUAAUUUCUGUUGUGAUUGGCAUAUGUUAAUACUUAGUGUUUUCUUUGUUCAGUUGACUACCAAGAAAAUGAUAGUUCCCUCUAAAGUAUUAAUAUGUUAUCAAAAGUGUUCUGAAAAGUACUUUGAUUUUAGCAAUAUUGUUUUAUUCAUGAUUAGGCAAAAAGAUCCAAGGCAAUAUUAAGCUCAAAACAGUAAUUUGUUUCAGAGGCAGUGGAUGAAUAACAAUUAGCACCGGACUUCGUGCAGCAUAAGCUUUUCAGUAAAUGUUUAAUGAACAGCUAAUUCAUAACACUAAUGUGGACCAUAACAGUUGUUUAUAUAUGUUUGUGAUUUUUUUUAAUUUAUUUAUUAUGUGUACAAUACUCUGUCUGUGUGUAUGCCUGCUGGCCAGAAGAGGGCACCAGAUCCCAUUACAGAUGGUUGUGAGCCACCAUGUGGUUGCUGGGAAUUGAACUCAGGACCUUUGGAAGAGCAGGCAAUGCUCUUAACCGCUGAGCCAUCUCUCCAGCCCUGUGAUUUUUUUUUAAAUCUGUGUAAAAUAAGAAUUCUUGGAUUUCACACAGAAACAGGAAAUAGAAGUUUUCUAGAACCUAGGUUUAUACAUAAACUCAUGAUUCUUUUAAAUUUCUUUUAGACUUUUUGUAACCAGUUAAAAUGAGAAAAGCUUGGGGUUGGAGAAAUGGAUGGUUCCGUGCUUUAGUGUGUUCGCUGCUCUUCCAAAGGACCGGAGAUCAGUUCCUGGCACCCCCAUCAGGCAAUCGUGGGGCUCCAGGAUGAAUAAGGCGCUCCUCUGGCUGCCUUUGACACCAGCACACUGUAGCAGGCACACAUGUACACAUAAAUUCAAAGUAGAGUAAUUUAUUUUUUUCUGAGACAAGGUUUCUCUGUGUAACAGCCCUGGCUGUCCUGGAACUUGCUUUGUAGACCAGGGCGAACUCAAACUCACAGAGAUCUGCCUGCCUCUGUCUCCUGAGAGCUGGAAUUAAAGGCAUGUGCCACCACAGACAGCUUACAGUAAAUAUUUUUAAAAAUAUGAAUAAACAUUUAUUGACUUAAACUAUAUAACCUAAAGUUUUUAUAUAUUUACAUACAUUUGAUCAUCUGUUUAUGGAAGUGCAUUGUCAUUCGUACAUUUCUUCAUAGUUUUUCUUCUUUUUCAUUUUUUGUUGUUCAAAUCAUGAGUACUGGGGAAAGCUUAGGAAGGCAGACAUCCUUCACCGUUCACCAGGCUUCAAUUGCUUUCUCUAACUAAUUCUAAUUCUAUGUAGCUUUAAUCAAUCAACCGGUUGCUUUUCUUUCAAUAUUCAAAUCUUCUGGAAAAACAAUGUUAAAAUUCUGCCUAGAGCCAACCAUCUUAAUAGACAUAGGUGUUUCAUUAGCUUAUAAAAAAUUUAUCAUAUGUUAAUGUGUUUAUUCCUGUGUUCUCUAAUUAGAAAAUCUGGCUAUAAAGUUUUUCACUAAUAUUUUGGUCAAAAGUCAAGCCAGUACAAAAUCCAUUAAGUUCAAUCUAUUUAAAUGUGUUAAAAGGUAAUUUUCUUUAGCUUUAAUUUAAAUAACUGCAUAGAAACCUAUCUUGUUUUUUUCAUGGAUGUUUUUGUUGGUGUGGUAAAAUCGUUCUUAAUUUUCUCAAGUUUUAUUGGCCACUGCACCAUUUUCCCUUGGUUGAAAAAGUUUUUUACUUUUUAAUAAUUCAGAAGUUUAAAAUUUGCCAGGUGUGGUAGUAUGUACCUUUAAUCUCAGUACUUGGGAGGCAGAGGCAGGAGUGUCUCUGUGAGUCUGAGGCCAGCCUGGUCUACAAGAGCUAGUUCCAGGACAGGAACCAAAAGCUACGAAGAAACCCUGUCUCGAAAAAUCAAAAAAAAAAAAAAAAAAAAAAAAAAAAGACUGUCAGGUUUAACCAACAUUCAAAUGAUUAUGAAAAUUAUUAUUAUUAUUAGUUUUGUUUUUUUAAAACAGGAUUUCUGGGGCUUGGAGAGAUGGCUCAGAGGUUAAGAGCACUGACUGUUCUUCCAGAGAUCCUAAGGUCAAUUCCCAGCAACCACAUGGUGGUCCACAACCAUCUGUAAUGAGAUCUGGUGCCCUCUUCUGGCAUGCAAGCAUACAUGGAAGGAAUAUUGCAUACAUAAUAAAUAAAUAAAUCUUAAAAAAAUAAAUAAAUAAAACAGGAUUUCUCUGUGUAGCCCUGGCCAUCCUGGAACUCUCUCUCUCUCUCUUUGUAGACCAGGCUAACCUCGAACUCAGAGACUCACCUGCCUCUGCCUCCUGAAUGGUGGGAUUAAAGGUGUGUAUCAGCACCACUCAGCUUGAUUAUAAAACCUAAAAGAAUGUAGAGAAACUGAGUAGAAUUUUUCCGUUUCAUCAUUACUUUUUGACUGCCUCCUCACAUUCAUUGAAACAGUGUAGCUAUCACAUUGCCUCAGAAAAGUGAUAGCCUGUUUUAAAAUAUUAUCAGGAUUGGGAUUUAGCUCAGUGAUAGACAGGUCCUUGGGUUCACUUCCAGCCUUAAAAACAAAACUCGCAAAAUAUUGUUAGAGAUAAAUGUGAUUUGUUAUUAUAAAUUUGUCCUGGCUUUGCAGAAAAUAUUAGCAUAAAUUCCUUAAUUAUCGCUAAUAGGGCCAGUGAGAUGACUCAGCAAGUACAGGCGCUUGCUGCCAAGUCUGAUGUUGAGUUCCAGCUGAGAUUCAUAUGAUGGAAAAGAGAGUAUCGGAGCCCCUGAAAGUGCAGUUACAGAGGAUUGUGAGCCAGUAUGUGGGUGCUGGGACUCUAACCCCAGUCCUCUGAAAGACCAGCCAAUGCUCCUAACUACUGAGCCAUCCCUCCGACCCACCCAGUUACUUUAGAGAUCAUUUUCUUUGCUCUGUCUAUAUCGGAUAUAAUGUCUUGAAUGCUUUGGACUGUAGAUUUACAGUGCACCAUUGGGUUUGAAGUCUGGCGAGUACAUAACAUUAGAAAGUAGAUUAGGUUGGUGUGCUGGUUUCUAGUGUUUUGUUUUUUAACUAUGACAACUUUGUAGCCCCCACCCACGUUGGUUCUGGUGAACAAGCCUAAGGCCUUGCAUAUGCUGGGCAGUCAUCCUGCCACUGAGUUAUAUAUAUAUCCUCAGCUCCUGGUAGGAUUUCCUUAGCUAUACUUGAUUCCUUGUCUUAGGGCUUUCACUGGCUUCCAGUAACUAAAUUAGUUGCUUCAGCCUCUCACCCAAAGAUUCCUGUUAUACGCCGCAUAACGACAUUUUAGUCAUUUUUAGUUAAGAAACACAAGGGAGCCCAAGGCAGUAGGAUCACAGGUUUCAGACCUGAUUUAGACCUUCUGUCCAUACUGCAGUGGUCCCUAGGGUCAUAUCACUUAGUAACAAAACAGACAUGUGAUUGGGUGAGUGCAUGCUACGAUGUUGCAAAGUGACCUAGUUGCCUAGCAACACAUUUCUCAAAUGUAGCCUGCCAUUACCAUGACUAUUAUAAUUUUUUAAAUUGUCUCUAAAAACAACACAUUUAUUUUCAGGUUUUUUGCUAGGUCCUUGUUGUUGUAGAUAUUGAAUCUGAAGUUAAGUUUCAGUUAAUAUUUGGAGGAUUUAUAGUGAGAAGAUGUAAGAAAAACCAAGUAACCCUAGAGUUAUAUAUUCAUCUUAUAGUAUUCUGUUUGUUUAGCUGUUCCUUCCACCCUCAGCUUUGGAAAGCUGGCAAAUUGCUUCCCUCAGCUCUGUGUCAGAUCGUUUUCCAGAACUAAUCCUGUCAGCAGAAAUAUUUACUAUGAAAUCUUUUUUUUCUUUUUUUCUUUUUGUAAGAGAAAAUCUACACAGUAGGUUUUUAUAUUGAGCUGAAAUGAAGAUGUCUUGAAAAUAAUGUAAGUGUGAAAUUAUUUAAGUUUGGUGGCACACACUGGAAUCCCAGUCUUUGAGAGGCGAAGACAGGAGGAUUAUAAGUUUAAGGCCAUCCUGGGCUGCGUGGUAAAAUCUAGGCCAACCUGAGCUACAUAGUGAGGCUGUAUCUCAAAAACCAGGUAGAGAGGAGAAAAGUGUUCAGUGUCUGGAAGUUCUCUCAUAAAUGGGUUUUAUUUCUUAUUUGUCUUAGCCAUGGAUUGAAAUAAAUCUGAAUUCUUUUUCAUUUAUCCUUUUAUAGUAUUCCAACUUCCCCAAACCCUCCAGCUUCUCAUGUUUUAUAUUUGUUUUGUUAUUUCCGCUAGUACUAGGGCCUUGCCUGCUACUAGGGCCUUGUGUAUACUAGGCAAGUGCUCUAACUCACCAGGUUUUGGUCUUUUGCAUCAAGUAUCAAGACUUCCCAUUUAGUCCAGACUAGCCUAAAGCUUGCAGUUCUGCUGCCUGGGUCUCCUACUCAAGACUGCAGGCAUGAGCCACCCAUCACGUAAGACUUUUCAUGUGCUUAACUUUUAUUUUUCCCUCCCUCCCUUCCUUUUUGGUGUGUGUGUGUGUGCAUGAGUAUGUGGUACUAAUGAUUGAACUGGGGUUUUCCAAGCCUUCUACCGCUAAAGUGUAUCCCCAGUUUUUCCAACUUUUAAUACCAACUUCAAACAACUAUUCUACUUUACUUUUCAAUUUCUGGAAUUAGUUCUUGAGUUUUAUUUUCUCACCUAUGAUUUACGUUUUGUUUCAUCGUGACAAAGAUACCAUCAUCAUUCACUCCUCCUCCUCCCCCUCCACUCACAACUCCGAGCAGUACAUUGGCUUAUUUGUUUGUAGGGACUAUUAUAAAAGUUAAUUCUUCAAAAUUAAAUUUUUAAAUUAAGAAAUUGUUUUCAAGCCCAGCAUGUUGAUGCAUGCCUGUAAUCCUAGCACUUAGGAGGCCAACUAAGGCCAGAGGAUUGCCAGGAGUUCAUGGCCAGCCUGAGCUGCAUGACAAGACCCUGUCUCCAAAACAAGAAAAGACUGUCUGAUAUUUUAAUCUGAUGGUCAUUUUGGCAGAUUCCUUAUAUGAAGAUGUAUCUAUGAUUAAUAGUUAUUUCAUUUUCUGGAAUACAGAAUAUCUAAAUCCCAUAUUUAUUUAAUGAGCUGGCUCUUACUUUGUCUCAGUCAUCCAUCUCAAGGUUCUUGCUGUCUGACUAGUUGGAAAAUAUUCUUCAAAACCUGUGAAAUUACUGACUGCAGGGUAAAAAAAAAACCACGUUAUCAAUUUCACAACCAAACAAUAAGAUGUUUAGAACAGAUAGGUUAACUUUUCAUCCCAGCUCUUCUCAGGCUAUCAGAAAAGGAGACUACAUAAGCUCUUAGGUCAUCUGAAGAGCUGCUUCUUCGUCUUGUUGCGGAAUUCAUGUUCUUAAAGAUAUUUUGUCAAUUUGAAGCAAAUGCCUUUGAGAACACUUAACUUACAUAAACUUUUCAGUAAGUUUGAUUUUCAAGCUUUUAUAAGCUAACACACUGUCAUAAUGUCAAAGGAAUAAUCAAUAAAUACCUUUUAGAGGCAGAAUAAUUCCCCGGAGUGAUAUAUACUCUAUUUUUGCUAAAUACUGAGUUUUAUUCCUAUGAUAGACACUCUAAAAUAAUGAAUGCCAUGUUACACAGUCAACACAUUUUUCAUUAGCCUUCAUUUAAAGAUUUUCUUUAUACUUACAUUUCUGGUUAUAAGAACAAAAAUAUAUGAAUAUAAACAUACAUGCAAGAAUAUGAAACUCUCCUUUAAUCCCAGCACUCGGAAGGCAGAGGCAGGCUGAUCUCUGUGAGUUUGAGGCCAGCCUGGUCUACAAAAGCUAGUUUCAGGACAGGCUCCAAAACUACAGAGAAACCCUGUCUCAAAAAAAAAAAAAAAAAAAGAGAGAGAGAGAGAGAGAAUAUGAAACUCUCAUUCAGGAAAUCCCCAGUUUUAUGAUCCGAAAAGUGUAAAUUAGGUUGUUUCAGACUCAGACUAAAUUGUCCCAUAUUGUUGUGAAAAGUUAAGAUUACUGGUAGAAAUUGUUGCUCAGUGCCCAGCAUACUCUGGAGUUGCUUGGGUGCCUUAAGUUUUGGUGCAUUCUUAGGCUAGAAAAAGUCACUUGGAUUCCAGUACACUUCUUCCUAGGUGAUCCCCUCGAGUGAUGCCCUGACUGAGCCCCACUCUAUCUGAUCUGCCCUCAAGUACACAGCCUGAAAUCUCUCUACUUCCCUCCUCCUCCCAGCUGUUCCGAUCAACAUGUCCAAAGUACGACCCACUUCAGUUGUCAGGAAGAAGGAAACUUAGACAGUCCAUAUUAAAUUGUUAGUGACUAUAUUCCUGUUAUUUUGAUUAAAGAGAAGUUUGCAUUAACAACAAACACUUCAAUCUUGGCAGCUCUACUCAGUGAUGGGAAAUUUAUAGGUAAACACUGUCCGUGCCUGCUCAACAAAAGACUUUCCCUAUUUUUGUUAACAGUUUUCCAAGAGAUGUGAAGGCAGGAAAAUUAUCCCUUUUUCAUUAUUACAAAACUUAUUUUUAAGUAACUGAUACUUAGCAAUUUAGUUUUUAAAAUAUUGUUCUGAAUCAAAUUGCUGAGGUGAUUCUAAAUUCUAAAACUAACCUUGUUUUAUCGCAUAAACAUCUAGUUGGAAAGUGUUUGUGAUGAAGAUUUGUAUCUUGUGGCAUUAGUUCUUCUUGUUUCUUCUCCUACGUUGGCUAACACUGCUGAUGUCCAGAUGAGUUGGCAGUCGCUGUGGUGGGGUCUGUGUAGGGCGAGCACACCCCGCUCGAGCAUGGGCUGUCCUUCACGGUGGCUGGGUGUGCUCUGUGCUCUGCUGUUGUAGAUUUAUUUUGUUUACAGUAGACUGAUGUCAGUUUUGUAAAUGUUUUUCUUAGCACUUUAACUGUGAGUGUAAAAACUGAUUUUAAAUGUAGUGGCUGUAUAUUUUGGUUAUAAACUGGAAAUUUUUAAUAAAACUAAAUAAUUUGU